AUGGCGCUGCUCACAGCUGGAGGCUCAACCAAGGCCUACCUUACAAUGACUCUGAGCAAGCUGGAUUGCAUCUUUACUGCAUUCUGGCAGAAAAUUGAAGCUAGGCAACAGCGGGUUCUGCUGACCCACUCAGAUACCUUGAAUGCACCAACCCCAGCAACUCACAUGCACCAGCCCAUCUUGUUCUCCAAGCUUCAAUGGCAUGACGACGCACGAAGACUGGGGGAGAUCCCUGGGGGUAUGUCCGGCUCACGGACCUCUAGUGCUUCCCUGAGGGGUCAGACUCCUGCGCGGCUUCCGUAG